GCUGUCAUUUGUGUCAGGAUCACCGAGGAAGGCAGAGGCAAGGUUAGCCGCACGGAGGCAGGCACGUGCCGAGGCGAGAGAGAUCCGAAUGCGUGAAUUAGAGAAGCAGCAAAAAGAGGCAGAUCAACAGAGCGAUAAGCAUUAUGAAAUACUUAAUGAACCAUUACGAGGGAGAACUGGUCGAGAGGGAAGUUCUUCUUUUGUUUCGAAUACUUCAUCUUACACAAGCUCAAGACGCAGCAGUGAAGACUUAAGUGACGAGAAUACUAGAGAGUUGAAGCAUCAGUUACAAGAUAUAGAAGAGAAGUUCAAAAAAGCCAUGGUCAGUAAUGCACAACUUGACAAUGAGAAAUCAUCCCUCACUUACAAUGUUGACACUUUGAAAGAUGAAAUAGAAGAAAUGGAAGAAAAUUAUAUUCAGGCACAAAAAGAUUAUAAAGAGAAGUCGAGGGCAUAUGAUCAACUGAACAGAUACUUUAAAGAAAUGAAAGAAGAAAUUGAUUUUUUAAAAGAAGGCUUAAGACAAAGGGAUGAAUUAAUAGAGGAUUAUGGACUGGUCUUAGUGGGAGGGGAGGAAGCUCUCAUUAACGGAGAUGUCGACGAUAACAGUUCCAGGAAUACACCAGACAGUUCAACUCCAGUGUUGCCAGGCAGAGCUGCCUUGGUCUCCCAAGAAGCUGCCCAGAUUUUAGAAGAAGCAGGAGAAGGAUCUCUAGAUGUAAAGUUGAAAAGAUUAGCGGAGAAGAAACAGGAACUUCUAGAUGAAAUUAAUAGGAUAAAACUAGAUUUGGAAGAAGAAAGGCAAAAGACAGCUAGAAUGGAACAGAUUACAUUAGUACAUGGCCCGCAGUCUAAUGGUCCUGAAAUGAAACUGUUAGAUAUUCAACGAGAGACGAACAAGCAAGUCAGUGACUAUAAGUUCAAGCUGAAGAAGUUAGAGCAGGAGAAUUCAACAUUACAAAGUAGUUUAUCUCGAUUGGAAAGUCAAGUCACAAGGUACAAGUCUGCUGCGGAGAAUGGAGAAAAAGUAGAAGAUGAACUAAAGGCUGAGAAGAGAAAGUUACAGAGAGAGGUUCGAGAUGCUCAGGCAAGAAUUGAAGAGCUUGAAACAGCUAAUGCUCAUUUACAGAAAAGAAUAGACAAGUUGAAAUCAUCUAGAAAUGCUGUUGUUACAUAAAUGUUUUUCAUUUCAGACUAGGAAGUUGGCAGAGAUUGUUACAUGUAAAUUAUCAGAAACAAAAGUGAAUGUUUAAUAGAAGGUUAUUGUUUGUUUUUUUGUUAACCAACAAGAGAUUUGACUAAGGUUGAGGAGUACAGUAUGUGUAACUUUUUGUUCUUAUUAACUUGUUCAUAUGUUUAGGUAUUUUUAAAAGAUUAAUUUGUUGCAAUAGUUUGAAAAAAUCAACUAAAAACAAGCUUGAUAGGGACUUGUCUGUAAUUUGGGAAACGAUUCUUCAAAUGAAAAAAGUGUACACAUAACACUGGAGAAGAUCUGCCAUAAAAAAAUUAAGGGUUUGAAGUGGAUAAAAUCCUUUUAUUUUAAAAAAAAAGUCACAAUUUAUUUUCGGGCUUUUAGUUGAAAAUGGCCCAAUGUUUGAUUGUAAAAUUUGUACUGUUUGUAAUAAAACUGUACUAUCCAAUUCAAACUGGUUUGUA